CAGGAAUGGCUUCAAACAUGUGGUCAGAGGAGCACUUGAUCUGUCCAGUGUGUCUGGAUAUAUUGAAGGACCCAGUCACUACAGCCUGUGGACACAGUUACUGUAUGAGGUGUAUUAAGAACUGCUGGGAUCAGACUGAUCAUACAGGUAUCUACAGCUGUCCCCAGUGCAGAAAGACCUUUACCCCAAGGCCUGAUCUGGGCAGAAACACAAUUUUAGCUGAAGUUGUGGAGAAAUUAAAGAAGACAGGACUAAGUCCUCCACCUGCUCAAAGUUAUGCUGGACCUGAAGAUGUGCCAUGUGAUUUCUGCACUGGGAGAAAGUUCAAAGCUGUGAAAUCCUGUUUGACGUGCCUGGCCUCUUACUGUGAAACACACGUCAAACCACACAGUGAGGUUACUCCAUUAAAGAGGCACAAGCUGGUCAAUGCAAUUGGAGAUCUGGAGCAGAAGCUUUGUGCUAAACACCAGAAGGUUUUGGAUAUCUUCUGUAGAACUGAUCAGACGUGUGUUUGUGCGUUAUGUAUUGUCAAGGAACACAAGAGCCACGAUACAGUCUCAGCUCAGACACAAAGGAGUGUGAAACAGAAGCAGCUGAGAGCGACACAGACAGAAAUACAACAGAGAAUCCAGGAAAGACUGAAAGAAGUGGAGGAGCUGAAACAGGCUGUGGCGUCACUGAAAAGAUCUGCAUGCAUAGAAAUAAAGGAAAGUGAGAAGAUCUUUACUGAGCUGAUCCGAUCCAUUGAGAAGAUCCACACUGAGGUUAUUGAGCUGAUUGGAGCUAACGAGAAGGCUGCAGUGAAUCAGGCUGAAGGACGCAUGAAGAAACUGGAGCAGGAGAUUGCUGAGCUAAGGAGGAGAAACGCUGAGCUGAAACAGCUUUCAGAGACACAGGAUCACAUCCAUUUUCUACAGAAUUUCCAGUCUCUCUGUGCCCCUCCUGAAGCUGGAGACUUACCCAGCGUUACUGUCAACACAGACAUCUCUUUUGGGGCUGUGAGGAAAGCUGUAUCUGAACUUAAAGACCAUAUUGAGGACUUCUGGAAGGGGGAAUUAGUCAAAAUAACCACACCAGUGAAUGAAACACCAGUUUAUACCCUGGGGUCUAGGAGCCAUGACAGACGUUUCAAAGUGAAUAAAGUUGCAGUUUACAGUCUGCAGGCUCCAGAGCCAAGGAACAGAGCUGAGUUUCUAAAAUAUUCCUAUCAGCUCACACUGGACCCCAAUACAGCGAAUAUAAACCUCUGUCUGUCUGAAGGGAACAGAAAAGUGACAUACACUAGAGACAUCCAGAUAUAUCCUCAUCACCCAGAGAGAUUUGAGAGCUAUUCGCAAGUCCUUUGCAGAGAGGGUUUGUCUGGGACUCAUUGUUACAUGGAGAUUGAGUGGAGUGGUGGAUGGGCUGAUAUAGGAGUCACAUAUAAAGGAAUCAGCAGGAAAGGAGUGGAUCGAUCCUGUGGCCUUGGAUACAAUGACAAGUCCUGGAGUUUGUUCUGCUCUGGUUACAGUUACACUGCCAGGCACAAUAACAAUGAAACUGAAAUAACUGGCCACCGCUCCCCCAGAAUAGGAGUGUAUCUGGACUUUAAUGCCGGCACACUGUCCUUUUAUGGCGUCUCUGACACAAUGACCCUCCUGCACAGAUUCCAAACCACAUUCACUGAGCCGCUCUAUCCUGGGUUUAGACCUGGUUAUGAUUCCACUGUAACAAUCUGUCAGCUGAACUCUCUCUGUCUCACUGCAGCAAGAAUGGCUUCAAACUUGUGGUCAGAGGAUCAGUUUAGCUGUUCAGUGUGUCUGGAGCUAUUGAAGGACCCAGUCACUACAUCAUGUGGACACAGUUACUGUAUGGGGUGUAUUAAGAACUACUGGGAUCAGACUGAUCAUACAGGUGUCUACAGCUGCCCCCAGUGCAGAGAGACCUUUACCCCAAGGCCUGAUCUGCGCAGAAACACCAUGCUGGCUGAAGUUGUAGAGGAAUUAAAGAAGACAGUGCUCAAUCCUCCUCCUGCUCAAAGUUAUGCUGGAUCUGGAGAUGUGUCGUGUGAUUUCUGCACUGGGAGAAAGUUCAAAGCUGUGAAAUCCUGUUUGACGUGCCUGGCCUCUUAUUGUGAAACACACGUCAAGCCACACUAUGAGGGGGCUGCUUUCAAGAGGCACAAGCUGAUCAAUGCAAUUGGAAAUCUGGAGCAGAAGCUUUGUGCUGAACACCAGAAGGUUUUGGAGGUCUUCUGUAGAACAGAUCAGACAUGUAUUUGCUUGUUGUGUACACAAGAUGAACACAAGAGCCAUGAUACAGUCUCAGCUAAGAAAGAAAGGAGUGGGAAACAGAAGCAGCUGGGAGAGACACAGACAGAAAUACAACAGAGAAUCCAGGAGAGAAUGAAAGAAGUGGAGGAGAUGAAACAGGCUGUGAAGUCUCUGAAAAGAUCAGCACAGAGGGAAAUAAAGAAAACCACGAAGAUCUUUAGUGAUCUGAGCCGAUCCAUUGAGAAGAUCCGCACUGAGGUUAUUGAGCUAAUUGGAGCUAACGAGAAGGCUGCAGUGAAUCAGGCUGAAGGACGCAUGAAGAAACUGGAGCAGGAGAUUGCUGAGCUAAGGAGGAGAAACGCUGCGCUGAAACAGCUUUCAGAGACAGAGGAUGACAUCCAUUUUCUACAGAAUUUCCAGUCUCUCUGUGCCCCUCCUGAAGCUGGAGACUUACCCAGCGUUACUGUCAACACAGACAUCUCUUUUGGGGCUGUGAGGAAAGCUCUAUCUGAACUUAAAGACCAUAUUGAGGACUUCUGCAAGGGGGAAUUAGUCAAAAUAACCACAACAGUGAAUGAAGUUGCAGUUUACAGUCUGCAGGCUCCAGAGCCAAGGAACAGAGCUGAGUUUUUAAAAUAUUCCUGUCAGCUCAUACUGGACCCCAACACAGUGCAUAGAAACCUCUGUCUGUCUGAAGGGAACAGAAAGGUGACAUGCAGGAGAGAGACCCAGAGAUAUCCCACUCACCCAGAGAGAUUUGAGAGCUAUCCCCAAGUGCUUUGCAGAGAGGGAUUGUCUGGGACUCGCUGUUACUGGGAGAUUGAAUGGAGUGGUAGAGGGGCUGUUAUAGGAGUCACAUAUAAAGGAAUCCGCAGGAAAGGAGGGGAUCGUUCCUGUAUCCUUGGAUUCAAAGACAAGUCCUGGAGUUUGGAAUGCUCUGAUUCCAGUUACUCUGCCUGGCACAAUAACAAUCACACUGCAAUAACUGCCCCCUGCUCCCCCAGAAUAGGUGUGUAUCUGGACUUUAAUGCCGGCAUGCUGUCCUUUUAUGACGUCUCUGACACAAUGACCCUCCUGCACAGAUUCCAAACCACAUUCACUGAGCCGCUCUAUCCAGGGUUUUGGCUUCGUUAUUAUGAUUCCUCUGUAACAAUCUGUCAGCUGAACUAGACUGUUUUGUGUUGUAAGAAACCCUUUGUAUUGAACUCCCUGUCUGUCCUCUCCACUCCUCGGGUGAAGGGAAUGUUCAAUCUGACACAACUUUGGAUGAAAGUUAGGGGGUAAAACGGCGCCACCUGCAGAACGAAACGAGGGGAAUUAUUUGUUUUUAGAAACAAAUGGAUUUCAUACGAAAUAACUGUAUUUAAUUUCGUUUUUAAUUGUUAUGUUUUAAAUAUAUUUAAAAAAUGGCAUCCAAUAGUCAGUGCUGUAAUGGUUUUUAAAAAAGUGAACUUAAGUUUGCUUUAUUGUGUGUGUGUUUUUGUUCUUUGAUUUCCAUAAGAUAUUUGAUUUGUUUAUUUUUUCAGAUUUUAGUAAUGUGAUUUAAUAAAAAAAAAUAAUUUGA